UUAAUGUUCUAAACGUAGAAAAUACCUAGAACUGAAUGACUUUGGUAGCUAUGGGCACCCCCACCCUAUAGCUUUUGUUGUGACGUCCUCCAGGGGGUUCAGAUUUCCCCAGUAAUGUAAAUGAUUUCUGAGGCUCCUCCGCCUCCUGCAUGAACUCCUCUCACACCUCUAGAGUUCAUCCACCACCGGAGCUUUAUGUGUAGAGUUUCUAGAGUUGUUUAAUGGCUCUUCUGCGCAGUGUUGGGCUUCUGGCUCUGCUGGUGUCGGUCCGGUGUCUGAACCGGGAGCAGCUCUUCGAUUACGGGAUCCGGUUUGGCGAUAAGAUUCUGGAUUCUGGAACCGAUUCGGUUCGAGAGCUCGAGCUGGAGCAAACGCUCUUCUUCUUCAAAGGAAAGUUCGAUAAAGUUCACGUCAACACCAAUGGCUUCAUCUCGCUGACUAACCCGACCGAUGAGUCUGAGUACCUGGGGAAGAUGCCGGCCAGUUUUGGUAUGAUUGCAGCCUUCCUGGGAGAUCUGGACACCACCGAUGGGGCCGGUUAUGUCUAUUUCCGCCAGGAUAAAAGCCCUGAUGUGCUCCAGAGAGCCGCAGAGCACAUCGGCCAAGCGUUUCCUUCUGACGACGAGAUCGAACCCACUCACGCCAUCAUCGUCACCUGGGAGAAUGUGGCGCCUCAAGGUGAACGAGGAACAGGAGGUGAAUAUGCGGUCAACACCAAUGGCUUCAUCUCGCUGACUAACCCGACCGAUGAGUCUGAGUACCUGGGGAAGAUGCCGGCCAGUUUUGGUAUGAUUGCAGCCUUCCUGGGAGAUCUGGACACCACCGAUGGGGCCGGUUAUGUCUAUUUCCGCCAGGAUAAAAGCCCUGAUGUGCUCCAGAGAGCCGCAGAGCACAUCGGCCAAGCGUUUCCUUCUGACGACGAGAUCGAACCCACUCACGCCAUCAUCGUCACCUGGGAGAAUGUGGCGCCUCAAGGUGAACGAGGAACAGGAGGUGAAUAUGCGAGAAAUACUUUCCAGCUGGUUGUAGCAAACAUGGAGUCUGCGUCUUACGCCAUCCUGCUGUAUCCAGAGGAGAGCAUGCAGUUCGGCUCCACUCUCAUUGAUGAUGAAGAUCAGCUGGUUGAGGUCGGCUUCAAUGAAGGGAAGGUGCUGAUCAUCGAUGAAGACGAGCUGAACGUCGACGUGUUCUCUUAUAAUAACGAGACGUGCUCCAGCAACAAGAACAAGUGCUCUGUGUUCGCCGACUGCAGAGAUUACGCUGACGGAUUCUGCUGUCGCUGCAAACCCGGUUACUACGGCAACGGCAAGGAUUGCGUCGCCGAGGGCAAGCCUCAGAGGAUGAACGGGAAGGUCAGCGGCAGGAUCUACGUCGGUGGUUCUCCGUCUCCUGUGGAGUUUUCCAACAACGACCUGCACUCGUAUGUGGUGACUAACGACGGUCGAGCGUAUAUCGCCAUCAGCAGCAUCCCAUCGAGCGUCGGUCCGUCUCUGCAGCCUCUGCUGGCUCUCGGUGAAGCCAUCGGCUGGGCCUUCGCUCUGCAGCAGCCCGACUACCACAACGGCUUCAGCAGCAUCGGAGGGGUUUUCACGCGGCAGGCCGAGGUCGUCUUCCAGCCCGGGAACGAGCGGCUGAGCGUCAGGCAGGAGUUCGGCGGCAUCGAUGAGCACGAUCACCUGCUGAUCAGCACUGAACUGGACGGCAGGAUCCCAGAGGUGCCUCGAGGAGCCACGGUCCAGAUCGAGCCCUACAGCGAGAUUUACCAGCACUCCAGCAACCUGAUUACGUCCUCCUCGCAGCGGGACUAUAUCGUUAGCAUGCCCGACGGUAGCGUUCGCACACACAGCUUCUUGUGGACGCAGAGCAUCAAGUUCCAGAGCUGCCCGCACGAGGAGGUCCUGAGCGCUGUGCCGGCGAGCCAACAGCUCAGCGUCGACCAGAUCUUCGUCAUGUACGACUCCAGCAACCAGCUGAUCCGCUUCGCCAUGAGCAACAAGAUCGGCUCCAUCCACAGUGGAAUCCCGGAGCAGAAUCCCUGUUUCACCGGGAGACACGGCUGCGACACUAAUGCCGUCUGUCGUGCCGCUCAAGGCAAAGACUUCACCUGCGAAUGCGCCGCUGGGUUCACCGGAGACGGACGGGUUUGUUACGGUAGCGAUCCUCUGGUUUAUAUCUUGGAUAUCGAUGAGUGCCAGCCGGGCCGUUGCCAUAGCGAUGCCAUCUGCCACAACACCCAGGGCUCCUUCACCUGUCAGUGCCGGCCUGGUUUCCACGGCGACGGCUUCAGCUGCACACCUGGAUCCG